CAAUCCUUUGGCAGCGCACUCAACCCACAUAAGCAACAUGGCAGCGUACUUUAUUCUGAGCAUGCUACUGCUCGCCAGCUCGACGACGUGGGGCAAACCCACCUUUGGCAAGGAGCACGUACAUAUUCGCAUUCAUCUGCCAGAAGGCGGCGGUGGUGGACAUGAUCAUGGACAUAGCGGUGGCGGCGGUGACUUUUCUGCCUACGAGAUUCACGAUCAUGGACAUGGAGGACAUGGCGGCGGCGGCGGCGGAAUUGGUUACAGUGCAGGUGGCGGCGGAGGCGGUCAUGUAAGCACCUUUGCUGUCAUUACUGAAAAUCACGGCGCCGGCGGAGCUGCGCAUGGACACGGCUACAGCGCCGGCGGCGGUGGCGGACAUUACUCUAGUGCCCACGACGAUUCCAAGAUUGCAGCCAUUGCAGCUGCAGCUGGCUCCAGCUCUGGACACGGACACGGCUACAGCAGCGGCGGCGGACAUGGAUACAGCAGUGGUGGACAUGGAGGCGGCAGCGGUGUUGCUCAUAUUGCUGCAAUUGCUGCCAGCUCAGACUCCUCCUCACAUGGCGGUUACAGCAGCGGUGGCUACAGCAGCGGAGGCGGCGGCCACGGUGGUGGACACGAUGAUGCUCAUAUUGCUGCCAUUGCUGCUGCAUCUGCUGCUUCUUCUUCCUCCUCACACAGCUCACAUGGACAUGGCGAUGGCGGCUAUAGCAGCAGCUACAGUGCGCCCGCCAGCAGCUAUGGAGUUCCUGCUGUUACAUAUGGUGCUCCUGCGCCCAGCUAUGGUGCUCCAGCUUCCACUUAUGGCGCUCCUGCUGCCACCUAUGGUGCUCCUGCCAGCAGCUACGGUGCUCCCGCUAGCGGCGGCUGGACUGGCUCCGGUUCCGGCUCCAGCUACAGCUCGAGCUCAAGCGGCGGUUACAGCAGCUAUAACAGCGGCGAUGUGAGUGGUUAUAGCGGCUACAGCGGCGGCGAUGCUGGUGGCUCACAUGAUACCAUUGCUGUUGCGGCAGCUGCUGCUGGUGGCUCAUCCCACUCGAGCGGCGGCGGCGGCGGUGGCUACAAUUACGGCCAGUCCUCCGGCGGCUGGUCUUAA